AUGGCGGAGCUACAGCAGUUGCAAGAGUUUGAGAUUCCCACGGGCCGGGAGGCUCUGCUGGGCAACCACAGGGCCUUGCUGAGGGUGGCUGACUACUGUGAAGACAACUAUGCAAAAGCCACAGACAAGCGGAAGGCAUUGGAGGAGACCAUGGCCUUCACCACCCAGGCUCUGGCCAGUGUGGCCUACCAGGUGGGCAACCUGGCUGGGCACACUCUGCGCAUGUUGGACCUACAGGGGGCUGCCCUGCGGCAGGUGGAAGCCCGUGUGAGCACUCUGGGCCAGAUGGUAAACAUGCAUAUGGAGAAGGUGGCCAGACGGGAGAUUGGUACCUUAGCCACCGUCCAGCGGCUGCCUCCUGGCCAGAAGGUCAUUGCUCCUGAGACUCUCCCUCCACUCACACCCUACUACAGGAGACCCCUCAACUUUGGCUGCCUGGAUGACAUUGGCCAUGGGAUCAAGGACCUGAGCACACAGCUGUCCCGGACUGGGACCCUGUCUCGCAAGAGCAUCAAGGCGCCUGCCACACCUACGUCCGCCACGCUGGGGAGACCACCCCGGAUCCCCGAGCCCGUGCAGCUCCCCGUGGUGCCCGACGGCAAACUCUCGUCCGCCUCGUCCGCCUCUUCCCUGACCUCGGCCGGCAGCGCCGAAGGGGUCCCCCAACCCAAGGGGCAAGCCGCACCCCCAGCCCCGCCUCCGCCGCCCGUGGCCGCCGAAGUCUUCCUGCCUCCUCCACCUCUGGAAGUGCUGUCUGCGCCCCCGCCAGAGCUGCCCCCGCCCCUGGACCUGCCCCCGCCCCUGGACCUGCCCCCGCCUCCGGCCCUGGAAGAUGACAGCGAACUGAGUCAGCUGCCCCCGCCCCCGCCAGGCUUUGGAAGCGACGAGCCCAGCUGGGUCCCUGCUGCAUACCUGGAGAAAGUGGUGACACUGUAUCCAUACACCGGUCAGAAGGACAACGAGCUCUCCUUCUCUGCGGGCACCACCAUCUGUGUCACCCGCCGCUACUCGGAUGGCUGGUGUGAGGGGGUCAGCUCGGAGGGCACCGGAUUCUUUCCAGGAAACUAUGUGGAGCCCAGCUGCUAACUGCCUUGACCGCCCAGGGCUCUCCCUGCAUGAACUCAGGAACUGUCCCCACAGAGCCUUGAACCCCAGACCAAAGCCAGCUCCAGUCAAGUCUAGAUGAGACCUGUCUACCUCUAGGCUUAGAGCUCAGUUCCUUCCCCUAUUGCCAUGGGAAGGAGGCCCUAGUGGAGACAGAAGAGGCCCAGCUACAGGUGAGAAAGAACUGAAGACCAAGGAGUUUGGUCACCUUGUCCAGAGGUCCCUACAGCAUGCAUGGUGGGGCUCUCUACCUGCAAGUGCCUGCUGGCAAUAAAACGCUGAUAAUCU